AUGGGGGGUGCUGCUUGGUGCUUUCUCUGGGCAAGCCUGCUUCUCUGGGCCUCCUGGGGGCCUGUGUGGAGCGGGCUGCAGAUGGACAAACUGGCAGAGAAGAAAUUGUGUGCAGAUGCUGAAUGCAACCACCCCAUCUCCAUUGCAGUGGCCCUCCAGGAUUACAUUGCCCCUGACUGCCGCUUCAUCCACAUCCAGAGGGGCCAAGUUGUGUACAUCUUCUCCAAGCUGAAGGGCCGUGGGAGACUCUUCUGGGGGGGAAGCGUACAGGGUGACUAUUAUGGGGAGCAGCCCGCUAGCCUGGGCUACUUCCCCAGCUCUGUUGUGCGGGAGAACCAGUACCUGAAGCCAGGCAAGGUGGAAGUGAAGACUGAUAGAUGGGACUUCUACUGCCAGUGACUUGCGCUGGCCAGAUUCGGAUGACACCUGCUCUUGUGCAGAGAGGCCAGGGAGCUCUUGCCUAGUCGACCAGAGGAGAGCAUCAGGUCUGAUCUGUCAGAUUCUCUCUUCCUGAUGCUACUGCUCUUAGUCUAUGUGCUUGGGGCUGUAUCCUACCCCUUGAGCAGGGCAGUUGCCCUCCAGGUGUAGAUGGCAAUGUAAGCUGUGCUUUAAGUAAUCUAGAUGACCUAUACAUCUGCCAAAAAAAUAAA